UGACAUGUUUACGUUCUUUAUGCUCAGUUAUUCACUCAUUUAUUUUGAAGAAUGUAGUCCUGCCACCGGAUGUUGGCAUGCUCUUAUUUUGGCGGAACGUUUUUUCUUUUCCUGUGUCAAAAGGUUAACUUCGCUAAUGGUGAUUGCAACCCCACGCAAAAAGUGCUCACAUAUUUUCUCAGGUAAAGUUAUUUGCACUGAUUGUCUAAAUAUUGUGAGUAGUAAAUUAAUGAGAAAAUGUGUUUUCAUUGAAUUGUUCGUGUUUAAAGUGACAAAAUUUCCUGCUGUGUAGUUUCAACCUGGCUGGUGGUAGGCUAAUGUGGAAGACUACCUCGUGUUUAAGCUAGCGCCCUUGGAAGGCAAAAUGAGGUGCAAGAACUGAGCCGGAAGAAUAAAGGCACCCGUUUGAAACUCCACGUCUGACUAAUUCAUUCCAAGAGGCCGCUACAGUGAAAACUCAUCGCUGUGGUAAAACGUCAACGCAGCACCAGUCCUGCCAUCACUUCAAGGAGUUGAUGCCAUCACGUCCAACAUCCAGCCACCCACCUGUUGCCAGCCAGCUGACUUUACUCACGUUGAUCUCCUGCGACCAGGCAAGAUUAAAAAGGGACAGUACACUUAACAAGUAAAAAUAGGCGAAUGUUUCAAGGUACUGGCAUGUGUCUAUCUAGGAAAUGGUUUGAAGGGUGAAGCACUUCAACUGUAAAGUGUUCAUUUAUGAUAUUUUGGCGUAUUGUCUUAAAAGUCCUUUGGGUGGCCAUAAUUAGUAAUUGCUUGACAUAGGUAUCACUCCGUAGUAAAGGAUAACUACAGCUUAUCAGUAUAGACUCAGGCAUAAGACACUUGAAGGCCGUAACAGACAUAAAACAGCUCAAAAACAAACAAAAUGUCAUUACCAUCUGAAAAGGCAGACGCUUCAACAGACAUACAAACCAGGUCCAGUUCACGUGAGAGAAAGCUAACAGAGAAAGGUCAAACAAUGCAUAGCCAAAACAUCAAAAGGCAUGAGAUGAUGUUUAAUAAGGAUUAUCAUUUUUGGAAAUUAGCAGCAAGGCUGACUAGGACAACAUUAAAAUCAGUCUGUUCAACACAAGAACUUAAUAAAUUGCAACAAGACAUUCAAGCAAAGCAUGAUACUUUAAGACUCCAGUAUGAAUCCAUUCUGCGUAAAGGUAACACCACGCCUGAAAUUGUCAACAAGAUGGAUGCUUGUAUCACACUAACAAAGGAAAUAAGUGACCUCAUCAGUAACCGGCUGAGGACUGUUGAUGAAGAUUACAAUGACCAGCUCGAGAAAGAAAGGGUGAGAGAAGUAUUAAACAAAAAUGAACACGGUUCCAUAUUUGGUCACACCAUAACUGAAACUUCGAGCUCGUCAAAGUCAUCAGAGAGAUCGAGCAGUCACUCCAGCUCAGAGAGCACCAACAACAGCAAAGCAGAUGCACAAGCGGAGCUCGCCGCUAAACUGGAACAAUCUAAGGCUGUGAAAGAAAUUCAAGCACAAAGGGCACAUCUUCAAAAGUUAGAAAAUAAAUGGAAACUUAAAGAGGCAAAAAUGUUGUCAGAGAUCAGACAAAAGGAGGUGCAAAUGAAACAACAGCUUGAGGAAGAGAGAGCAAAACUACAGCAGUUACAAGCAGAAAAGGAAGUCGCUGUAGCAGAAGCUCGUGUGAGAGCUUAUGACGACUUUGAAGGUUUUGAGAACCAGGAGGAAGAAUUGAGCAACAAUGUUAACUAUGCUUGCUUUAGAACGAAAUCUGAAGCCCAACUGAAUCCAAAUGCUGCAUCAUUCCAUCCUUACCAAGGAGCUCCUGAAGUAACAAUGACACAGGAGUCUGUUAGUUUGGCCCAAGCGAUUGCCAGCUCAUUAAGUAUGAGCCGAUUGCCAGUCCCUGAACCUACAACAUUCAGUGGUGACCCUUUAAGGUUUACAGACUGGAAAUUGACUUUCAUGACUCUUAUUGACCGAAAGUCCCUCCCAUCAAGUGAGAAGAUGUUUUAUCUAAAAAAUUAUCUUGCUGGAGAAGCGCAAAAGGCAGUACAAGGUUUCUUCUAUCGAGAUUCAGAGAGUGCAUACAAGGGAGCAUGGAAAGUCUUAGAGGACAGAUAUGGUAACCCGUUCAUCAUACAAAAAGCCUUCCGAGAUAAGCUUAUGAGAUGGCCAAAGAUCAAUACAAAUGACCCAUUAGCACUGCGAGAGUUUGCCGACUUUCUCCAAAGCUGCACUGAAGCAAUCCCACAUGUCAAAGGGCUAGCUAUUCUUAACGACUGUGAAGAAAAUCACAAGAUGCUGAAAAAGCUACCAGAAUGGAUUGUACGCAAGUGGAGUCGAAUUGUUGUUGAUGAACUUGACAUGUCCGGAAGUUAUCCUGAUUUUGUGUGUUUCACAGAGUUCCUGAACAAAGAAGCCCGAAUAGCCUGCAACCCAAUUGCCUCUCCAAUGUUGAUGAAUUUCAAACCCACGGAUGAAAAGCUACCAAAGAGAGCCAAAGCUCUCAACACAAACACUCAAGCAAAAAGAGUCCUUCACGAGAAGCAGGAAGCAAACAGUACUAAGCCAAAAUUACCUUGUCCUGUCUGUAAAAACGAAACUCAUGGCAUUGCGCAGUGUCCCACUUUCACAGUAAAGAGUGCUGAAGAAAAAAAGGCGUUUAUCCAAGAAAAUCACCUCUGCUUUGGGUGCUUGAGAAAGGGUCAUGUGACAAAGGUUUGUAAGAGACGACACACGUGCAACAUAUGCAGCCGUCGUCAUCCAACUUGCUUGCAUGAAGACAGGAAGCAGAACCCUGUGGAUGAACUAACGAACAGCUCUACAUCCACAGAAGGAGAUGUAAGCCACGAAAUGCAUAAAGUUGUGUCCCAUACAUCAACACAACGUGCUCCUGCCACAUCAAGUAUAGUCCCAGUUUUUGUAUCUUCAGUACAAGAGCCACACAGAGAAGUAUUGACAUACGCAAUAUUAGACACACAGAGUGACUCAACAUUUGUCUUAGAAGAUGUACUCGACAAACUGAACGUGGAAGUUCGACCAGUAAAGCUGAAACUUAGCACAAUGACGGCUAUGGACACAGUAAUUUCUAGCAAAAGCGUUUGUGGUUUACAAGUUCGAGGUCUCAACUCAGAGGACCACAUUCAGCUACAGCAAGCCUACAGUCGUAACUUUAUCCCAGUAGACAAGUCUUACAUCCCCACAAAGGAAACAGCGAUAUCAUGGCCUCAUCUUAGACAUUUGGCAGAUAAAUUACCACUUCUCCAAGACUGUGAUGUAGGACUCCUGAUUGGAUAUGACUGUCCAUCAGCACUGGUCCCAUUUGAAGUUAUCAUAGGUGGCAAAAAUGAACCGUUUGCGCAGAGAGGGACACUCGGGUGGAGUAUAAUAGGCUCAUCAAACCCCCACCUAGACAGGCAAGGAAGCCACAGCUUUGUGCACCGGCUCACAGUGAAACAACUGCAGAUUCCAUCACCAGCAGACGUUUUAAAGUCCCUGGAAUCAGACUUUAUUGAGAGAACUUAUGAAGAAAAGUAUGUUUCGCAGAACGACGUUCAAUUCAUACAGCUUCUUAGCGACCACAUUACACAAAAGGAAGACGGACACUAUGAGAUGCCCCUCCCAUUCAAGGGCAACAGUCCACCCAACCUGCCAAACAAUAAGAGACUAGCCACAAUUCGCCUGCAGUGUCUUAAAAGGAAAUUAAAGGCUAACAAACAAUACUAUGAGCAAUACAAAACAUUCAUGGAAGAAACGAUAAAAAAGGGUGACGCAGAGCCUGCCCCUACAACAUCCGAGGGAGAGACAGAGUGGUACCUUCCACAUCAUGGCGUUUAUCACCCAAGAAAACCAGAGAAGCUCAGAGUUGUCUUUGACUGUGCAGCCAAAUUCCAUGGUCUUUCGCUGAAUGACACUCUGCUAACUGGACCCGAUUUGAUCAAUCCUCUGGUGGGAGUACUUUGCCGUUUUCGGAAAGAGGCCGUCGCCAUUAUCUGUGACAUCGAAAGAAUGUUUUAUCAGUUUUCCGUCACUCCUGAAUUUCGGAAUUAUCUCAAAUUCCUAUGGUGGCAAGAUGGUGAUGUGGAUAAGGAAGUACAGGAGUACAGAAUGACCGUUCAUCUUUUCGGAGCUGCUUCGUCUCCGGGAUGCGCCAAUUUUGGCUUAAAACAUUUGGCACAUCGGUACAAGGCUGAUUAUCCAAUAGCAUCAACAUUUGUGGAGAAACAUUUUUAUGUGGACGACGGGCUCGUCAGUGUCCAAUCAGUAGCCGAUGCCAAGAAGCUAAUCACUGAGGCCCAAGAGUUGUGUAAAAGAGGAGGCCUUCACCUUCAUAAAUUCAACUCAAAUAAGGAAGCAGCCCUCACCCACUUGAACCCCUCAGAAAAGGCAGCAAACAUCGAGCAUCUAAGCUUUGACUCUGUUCCAUCAGAGCGGGCACUCGGAAUCCAAUGGUCGGUGAACGAUGACACAUUUGGCUUUGACAUCAGUUUAAAGGAUCAGCCACCAACCCGUCGCAGUUGCUUGUCUGUCAUUGCCUCUCUUUAUGACCCGUUGGGAUUCAUUGCUCCAUUCAGCCUGAGUGGAAAACUUAUCCUUCAAGAGCUGUGCCAUAGAGGUACUGGAUGGGAUGAUCCACUCCCAGAUGAUAUGAAGCCACGGUGGGAGGAGUGGAUGAAGGGUCUUCAUAAGCUCAAAGAGGUCUCAAUCCCAAGAUGUUACCAUCCCCAUGACUUCCACAAUAUUGUCAGAGUAGAAUUACACCAUUUUUCGGAUGCCAGCUGUGUAGGGUAUGGUGUAUGUUCUUACCUCAGAUACCAAAAUGACACGAAUGAGGUCCAUUGCAAUCUCGUCUUGGCGAAAGCUAGGGUCGCACCCUCGAAGGUCACGAGUAUCCCAAGACUUGAACUCAUGGCAGCAGUGGUGUCUACAAAGGUUAGCAUCAUGCUAAAAAGUGAACUUGACAUGAAGGUUGAUCAAGAAGUCUUCUGGACAGACUCUCGAGUUGUGCUAGGGUACAUAAACAACGAUGCCCGUAGGUUCCACAUAUUUGUAGCAAACCGUGUUCAGCUUAUUAGAGAUAACAGCAGUCCCAGUCAGUGGCAUUAUGUGGACACCUCAGAAAAUCCAGCUGAUCACGCAUCCCGAGGUCUCCGAGCUUCAGACCUUCACACAACCAGUUGGCUGAAAGGACCAAAAUUCCUCUGGGAGAGCGAGUUACAUUUGACACCAACCACUUCAACAGAAUUACUCGUCGGUGACCCUGAAGUCGAGGCAAUUCAGGUGCUUGCAACCAAAGUCAACCACAGUAAUGACAUCCUCAGUCGUCUGAGUCGCUUUUCUUCUUGGAUAAGGCUUCUCAAGGUGGUCGCAAGAAUCAAGAGGCUGAAGUCUAGUCACAAACACAGUGACCAUGUGACUGUUGAGGAGCAUGAGAAGGCUGCGGAAGCAGUGAUAAAAAUUGUUCAGCAGCAGGCCUUCCCCCAUGAGUUUAAGGCGCUACAAAGCAAAAAUGUCCUUCCAAGUUCAAGCGCGCUUUUCAAGCUUGACCCUAUCUUGUCUGAAGGACUUAUAUGUGUUGGCGGGAGACUAAAAAACUCUUCUCUUGGUCACAAAGUCAAACACCCCACCAUUCUACCCAACAACAGUCACAUCACUAAGCUGAUUGUGUCUCAUUAUCAUGCCAAGACAAUGCAUCAAGGUCGAGGCCAGACUCAAAUGGAACUUAGGAGUAAUGGAUUCUGGGUUAUUGGUGGGAGUAAGCUGGUUGCGAAGUGCAUACAUACCUGUGUGCUUUGUCGCAAACUUCGUAGGCCAACAGAGAACCAGAAAAUGGCCGAACUUCCUAAAGAACGUGUUGAAGCUUCAGCACCCUUCACCUACAGUGGUAUGGACUGUUUCGGUCCGUUCAUUGUGAAGAAAGCCCGCAAAGAGAACAAAAAAUAUGGCUUGAUUUUCACAUGUUUGUACUCUAGAGCUGUGCACAUUGAAAUGCUCGAUGAUUUGUCGACGGACUCAUUCAUCAACGCAUUGAGAUGCUUUAUUAGCAUUAGAGGCGCUGUUCGACAACUGUACUGUGACCAAGGCUCUAAUUUUGUGGGUGCUAAAAACGAGUUUAAGGAAGCACUCAAACAAUGUGACAGCAAGUUACUUGAAAUAUUCCUCACUGAAAAGCAAUGUGAAUUUGUCUUCAAUGCCCCCUCCGCCAGUCACACAGGUGGUGUCUGGGAAAGACAAAUAAGAACAGUCAGAAAGGUUUUGAACGCAACCUUUGCUCAAUGCCCACGUCGGCUGGAUGACGCCUCCCUUCGAACAAUGCUGUAUGAGGCCAUGGCUAUUGUUAAUAGCCGCCCAUUAACAGUGGACGGAAUCAAUGACCCUCAGGCACUAGAACCCAUAACACCAAACCACCUCAUAAUGAUGAAGUCCAAAGUUGCUCUUCCUCCUCCCGGUGUGUUUGUGAAGGAAGAUCUAUAUGCCACCAAGAGGUGGAGGAGAGUACAGUACCUAAUUGAACAAUUCUGGAGUCGCUGGAGAAAAGAGUACCUUCUGAAUAUAUCUACAAGACAAAGGUGGCACCUACCUCAGCGCAACCUCAAAGUGAACGACAUUGUCAUCAUCAAAGAUGACAACCUCCCAAGAUGUCAUUGGCAACUAGGUCUAGUGGUUGAAGUCGUUCAGGGUAGCGAUGGCUUAGUUCGCCGAGCCAAAGUGCGUGUAGGUGAGCGAAACCACCAGAGAAAACAAGGUCCUCCUUUCAAGCAUUCAGUUAUUGAGAGACCAGUCCAAAAAUUAGUGCUUCUUCUUGAGAAUUGAUUAGAAUAAGCUAACAAUGGCAAUGUGCACGCAGAUUAUCGUGUAUGAAGAUGUACAGUCAUACCUCUGAUUGUAUCUUGCAGCCAUUCAUUUAUUGGAGACAAGAAAUCCUAUGCAAUUCAUUUACGCCUUGUAUUUUUGUUCAUUCAUUGUCAUAGGAUUUGGUGGGAGUGUAAAUGACAUGUUUACGUUCUUUAUGCUCAGUUAUUCACUCAUUUAUUUUGAAGAAUGUAGUCCUGCCACCGGAUGUUGGCAUGCUCUUAUUUUGGCGGAACGUUUUUUCUUUUCCUGUGUCAAAAGGUUAACUUCGCUAAUGGUGAUUGCAACCCCACGCAAAAAGUGCUCACAUAUUUUCUCAGGUAAAGUUAUUUGCACUGAUUGUCUAAAUAUUGUGAGUAGUAAAUUAAUGAGAAAAUGUGUUUUCAUUGAAUUGUUCGUGUUUAAAGUGACAAAAUUUCCUGCUGUGUAGUUUCAACCUGGCUGGUGGUAGGCUAAUGUGGAAGACUACCUCGUGUUUAAGCUAGCGCCCUUGGAAGGCAAAAUGAGGUAUGAAACUGCUGACCAUAUGUAUACUUCAGACUGUGUGUGUAUAUGUGUGUGUGUGUGUGUUAUGGUGCUUAUGGUGCUUAUGGUGCUCAAGGUGCAAGAACUGAGCCGGAAGAAUAAAGGCACCCGUUUGAAACUCCACGUCUGACUAAUUCAUUCCAAGAGGCCGCUACAAUGGCAAAGACCUUUCUGAAGAUGUGAAAAAAGAAUUGUUGCUUUACACAAAGAUGGUCUCAGCUAUAAGAAGAUUGCCAACACCCUGAACAGGACUCUCCAUGGUCGACCAAAUAAGUUCAGUACACGUGCUCAGCAUCGUAUCCGGAAGUUGUGUUUGUAAUAUAGACGUAUGAGUGCUGCCAGCAUUGCUGGAGAGGUUAAAGGAGUGGGGCGGUCAGCCUGUCAGUGUGUAGACCAUAUGCUGCACUCUGUAUCAAAUUGGUCUGUGUGGCUGUCGUCUCAGAAGAAAGCCUCUACUAAAGACGAUGCACAAGAAAGCUUGCAAACUGUUUGCUGAAGACUAUCAGACUAAGGACAUGGAUUACCGGAACCACACCCUGUGGUCUGAUGAGGCCAAGAUGAACUUAUCUGGUUCAGAUGAUGUCAAGCAUGUGGAGCAGCAACCGGGUGAGGAGUACAAAGUUGAGUGUGUCUUGUUUACAGUCAAGCAUGGUGGUGGGAGUGUCAUGGUAUGGGGCUGUAUGAGUGCUGCCAGCACUGGGGAGCUACAGUUCAUUGAGGGAAACAUGACUGUGUAUUGUGCGUAUUGUGUUAUCCAAUAUGAUAACCUAAAUCUCAUUGAGCAUCUUGUGGGGCUUCCUCAAACAGAAGGUAGAGGAGAGCAAUGUGUGUAACAUUGGAGGCAACCUGUGAACUCCAUGCCCAAGAGGGUUAUGACAGUGUUAAAAACUAACGGUAUCCACAAUAAAUACUGACACUUUGGCCACAAUUUUUCAUGAGUAGUGUACUCAUUGAUGUUGCUAGCAGCUUAGACUUAAUAGUACAGCCAGUAGAGCUGUACAGUGACUACUUUAUGUUGUGUUAUUUCUUUAGUGAUGUCCCAUGAAAAAAUAUACAGUAAUAAAAUACUCAAAAUACUGUAUACCCAAAAUGUCACUUUUGUAACAUACUGUGGUAUUGGAUGUGUGUGACUACGCGUGUAUGUGUGUG